AAUUCACCGAUCCUCGGCGGGUCGGCGAACUAACGUCAUCUAGUGUCUUAUCGAUAAGAACGAUAAUUAGUUAGAUUGGUUUUCGGUAACACCCAGGCACGUGAUGUUCUAGCAUUUUUUGAAUAUCGAAUUCUGCUAUUAUCGCUCCUUCUUAGCAUCAAUCCAUUAACGAAGCCUCAAUUCACAAGUUUAGCGGCGCACGCAAGUCAUUUUACCCCUCAAUUGGUUUCUCAAGUCCGCAUGAAAGAUAUAUCACAUAACAAAACUGAGUAAAUCCAAUUAUCUCGGCGUCGGCGAGGGGUUAAACCUCCCUCAAAAGCCGUCACAAUGUCGCAGACCAUCGGGCUGACAAAACUCUCCUACUCACGAGUAUGGCACCACAUAUCCGCCUCCACACCACACCCAACCCUCUCCACCCAACCCAACACGACACCCCCUUCCCUAGGCCGCCUAGCCUCCCGCAUCGCCGUAAUCCUCAUGGGCAAGCACAAACCAACCUGGGACCCGUCCACGGACUGCGGGGACUACGUCGUCGUAACCGACUGCGCAGCGCUCCACGUCACAGGCCGCAAGAAGUGGCAAAAAACAUACUACCGACACAACACGCGCCCCGGUUCCUUGCGCUCGGUUACCAUGGAUGUACUUAUGGCAAAACACGGUGGUGCUGAGGUAUUGCGGAAGGCGGUUAGUGGCAUGUUGCCGAAGAAUAGGUUACGGGAUAAGAGAUUAGCGCGCUUGAAGGCGUUUGAGGGCGAGGCGCAUCCGUAUAAGCAGAAUUUGAUCCGGUUUGGUGGUGUGCCGGUUGGACAGGAGGGCUGGGAACAGGCUGUUAAGGCUAUUCGACAGGCGGAUAUGGAGAGGUUAUAGGAAGUGGUGUUGGUAGAGGAUGAUGAAUAUCAAGGAUGGGUUUGAUGGCCCGAUAAAGCAAAGAGCAGUAGACGCUGAGUGCUGGGCUCUAGACAUCUGCUAUGUACCACAUUGUAUAUGCAUAUAAUGAAAAACAUCUCACGACAGUUAACAUCUUAUAUCGAGAAAGUGGCAUGGCCACCAAUUCGUUUGUUGGGGGCACAUGGGAACUGGCCAAGAAAUAUAACUACAGGCAAAAAUCAACGAUACGAAGCAAUCAAGGUGGAAU